AUGGAGGUUCACAGAUGCCUUGCCUUCCUGCUUAUCCUCCUGAACCAUGCCACCUGCCAUCCUGUCCCCGGAACAAAAGGAAAUUUUAAUAAGCUGCUAGUGAUUUCCUUCGAUGGGUUUCGCUGGAACUAUGACCAGGAUGUUGACACACCUAAUAUGGAUCGCCUUGUAAGGGAGGGAGUGAAGGCCAAGUAUCUCACUCCACCAUUUGUCACCAUGACAUCUCCAUCCCAUUUUACCACCAUCACUGGUCGGUGGAUUGAAGAUCACGGAGUCAUUCACAACAUGAUGUUUAACACAGAGACACUCUGGAAGUUCUCCUUCAAGGACACGCAGAAAAAGUCGGAGUGGUGGGACAAUGGUGUGCUGCCCCUCUGGAUCACGGCCCAGAGGCAGGGAAGAAAAACUGCUUCGUUCCACUUUCCAGGAGGAGGUGCAAACUACAGUGGGGAAGCCGUGCAAAGGUCUCUUUUGGAGUCUUUUACCCAUCCUGAUGCCAAUGAGACUGAGUGGAGGGAAAAUAUUGAUAUUGUGAUGAACUGGUUCACUAAGGAAAAUUUUGAUUUUGUAACCCUUUACUAUGGAGAACCUGACAAUGUUGGACACAUGAAAGGCCCUGAGACAGAAAAUAGAAGAAUUAUUAUCCAGCAAAUUGAUAGGACUGUUGGUUACCUAGUAGAAGCCAUUGAAAAGAAUGGCUUGAAGAACAAUCUCAAUGUCAUCAUCACAUCAGAUCAUGGAAUGACCACAGUAAAGAAGAAUCCUAAUGUCACAGAGAUCUUGCUGAAAAACUACAUUAAAUUCAGCGAUUUAGUGAAAUUUGAUAUCCUGGACUAUGGUGGUUUUGGUAUGAUUCUUCCCAAGCCAGGGAAAGAGGAAGAAAUUUACAAUGCAUUAAAAAAUGCACAUCCUCAUUUACAUGUAUAUAAGAAAGAAGAGUUUCCAGAACAUUUCCAUUUUGCAAAACACAGCCGAAUUCUACCCAUCUUGGUUUAUGGUGAUCCUGGCUACAACAUUAAUGGGCGUUUUAUACUAUAUGUCAACAAAGGGGAUCAUGGUUUUGAUAAUGCAGACAUGGACAUGAAAACCAUAUUCAGAGCAUUUGGGCCAGAUUUCAAGAAGAAUCAUCUGGCAGAGCCUUUUGACAGCAUCCACAUUUACCCGCUUAUGUGCAAACUCCUGGGAGUGACACCAGAACCUCACAAUGGAUCUCUGACAGUUACAAAGGACAUGCUUGUGGACACUUUCAAUCAGGAGUCAGAUUUGAUAACAGGAGAUGAAACUCAGAGGACAACUGCUUUGCAAAAAGUUGCUAUUGGCUUAAGUGUUGCUACCGGAAUUCUGGUCAUUGUGUUUGUCUCUGCUGUCGGGUAUACUGCUGUUAGUCGAAAAAAGGGACCCGCCCACGGGCCCCGCCUCAAAGUAAAAUACCCACCUCUAGUUACAGCCUCCAAGCAAGUGCACGACCACAAGCUCCGCCUCCAGAGUCCUCCCCCAAGGCCGUCUAUACGGCCCCUCCUCCAAAGUAAAGAUCCACCCCCAAGCUCCUCCUCCAAAACAAAUCUUUAUCACAGACCCCACCCCCUAGGCAAAACGUCCUCCUCCGUCAAUGUCUCCAACGCCCGCCUCUCAGAUUUCACCGCCCGCCACCAAGACGAGUAUCUCCCACUGGCCUCGCCUCCAAAGGGAACGUCGGCCCACAGCCCCGCCUCCAAGAAAGUACUUCAACUAGAUCUAGCCUCAAGUAGACGCCUGCCCCCGACGCCAAAUAUUCGCGCCACAGGCCCCGCCUUCAAAACCAACGCCUAUUCCCUGGGCCGUUAA